AUGAUUGAGGAGCAUCUGAGAUUGAGCGGCACAUCGAUUGAAAUCGGGCUGGGCAGAAAGAGAAAACCAAGCAGAAAGCAUUUUACGGGCACAGCUGCCGAAGUGCUGACCAUCCCGAGUACCGAUUACGUGUAUGAUAUCUAUCACCUCGAGAGCGUGCCGGAUAAAGAAUUCGACGCCUAUAAAGAAGCCAGUGACGUCGGAUUCGUCAAGAUUGUCUACGCGGAUAUGGAUUUAGUCCCUGAAGAAGACGACGACUUGGCCGAGAAGCCCUUAUCGGAUGAUGAGGACUCCAAUGAGGAAAAUUACUAUCGAAACGACUAUCCCGAGGACGAGGACGACGAUCGAUCUAUCCUCUUCGGUAGUGAGGGCGAAGAGAUAGCAAUUGCAGAAAAAUUAGCGGGGAACCAAACUGAACCCUAUGAUGAUCUGUUCGCCCGUCUUGGUGAUAGCAACAACAUAUUAUCGUCCCUUAAUGCGAUGAAUUUCGUAGACCUCGAUGCCGAUGAAGGUGAGACUGACAGCGACGACAAGGUUGGUGAUCCAGAGAUGUUUCAGAAUGACCAAGACUCCGAUGAGGACGCCAUGAUAGCGUAUCGCGACCGAAUAUUUGGUAAAUUACAGAGGAUGAUCGAUGAAAGAUGA